UUUGAAGUUAACUUGAACAUCUAAGCAAGUGCUGCCAUUAUCAAAAUUAACAUGUCUCAAACGUCAAAUCGAUUAAAAAUAAAUUAGAUCUGUCACUGUCAAAUACACGUGGGGUGUGUAUUGUCUGUCUGUCGCUCGUCCCAAUAAUUCCCUAAUAUAUUCUAAUUAUAAUAAAAUGUUUCUAGUUAACAUUUAACAAAAUACAGCCACAGCAAUGUCCACUUUUAAAUUCAACUUUUUCAAUGAUGGAGAUGCUACGAAAGAAAAAAUAGAGGAAUCAAAAGAAGACAUUGUUUGGUUAGAAUCCGAAGAAAUCAGACCAAACAAACAAAUAGAGGAUAUCGAGGAACUCGUAGCUCAUGCCAGAAUGUUUGCCUGCGGAGAUGUGGAGAUAGGGCAUGUGGUGACUUCGGAGGCACUCAACAAAAUGUACACUGCGAAUAAUGAGUUUAAAAAUGCUGUUGAACUAGCAGAGAAAGAACACAAAGACCUGAUUGCUGGUAAAUAUGAAGGUGGUCUUAAAAUAUGGGAAUGCACAUAUGAUCUAAUAGAAUAUCUUGACAAUCAGACUGGAAUCCAAUUUGAAAAUAAAAAAGUACUGGACCUUGGUUGUGGUGCUGGCAUUUUAGGCAUUUAUGCUUUAUUUCAAGAUGCUUUUGUAACAUUUCAGGAUUACAAUAAGGAAAUACUAGAAUGUGUUACAAUACCCAAUAUUAUACUUAACAUUGAAGAAAAUGAAAAAGCACUGGACAUAAGCAAAUGCAAAUUCUACUCCGGCGACUGGGCGUCAUUUAAUAGUAAACUGGCUGAUACUGAAGUUUUUGACAUCAUAUUGACAUCUGAGACUAUUUAUAACACCAAUAAUUAUGAUAAGCUAAUUGAUCUCUUUGUAAAAAGAUUAAGUAAAGAUGGAGAAGUGUAUGUGGCUGCUAAAACUUGUUAUUUUGGAGUAGGUGGUGGCACAAGGCAGUUUGAAGCAAGUGUGGAGAAAAAUGGGCUUUUGGAAAGCAAAGUCUGUUGGAAAAGCUCAGGAGGCAUUCUUAGGGAAAUAUUAAAAUUGACUAAAAAGACAUGACAUUCAUUUAUUUAAAUUAAGUGUAACAAAGGUGUUGUAAAACAUCAACAUUGUAAAUAAAAUAUAUUAUAACUACUGUUGGAAGACUUUCUUACCCAUAUUAAAAUUAAUGCUUGAAACAAAGAUCAUUAAUAUCUUUACAAAAGUUAUUAAAUCUGCUUGAAACUUAAACUUAUUCAAGCAAUUAAGCAGGGUUUUAAUUAUUUACGAUUGUAAUAAUUGAACCAUGAUUUACUUUCUGUACAUAGUGUUUGUUUGUCUAUUGUGAUUUAUUAUUUUUUUUACUCUUAAUUGCUCAAAGGUUGACUGGAAGAGAUGGCUAAUGGGGAUAGGUUCGCCUUUAUAUAUUGUAUAUAUUUUGCUUUAUUAUGUUUGUAAUCUAUCUUAUAUACAAUAAAGUGUUUAUAUACAUACUUACAUUA